CUGAGCAGCACCUGAAGGCAGCCACGCUAUUAGUUUAUUUAGCAUUCCAAAAUGACGGAUCCGACUACGUCUCCAGAGGACCACUGGAAAACAGACGGGGCUUUCAGCGACAAUGGCUUUGACACCAGUUUCUUCACUGAUACUGCCAGGAAAGGUAGCAUUGUGUCCAGGGCAAACAGUAUCGGCUCCACAAGUGCCUCUUCAGUUCCAAAUACAGAUGAUGAAGACAGCGACUACAGGCAUGAGACGUCGUACAAAGACUCUUACAAAGACCGAAGGAGACAAGCACACACACAAGCUGAGCAGAAGCGCAGAGAUGCAAUCAAGAAAGGCUAUGAUGACCUGCAGGGAAUUGUUCCAACCUGCCAACAGCAGUCCGAGUUUGCUGUCGGAGCACAAAAGAUCAGCAAGGCUACUAUCCUUCAGAAAACAAUCGACUACAUCCACUUUCUUCAUAAAGAAAAGAAGAAGCAAGAGGAGGAAGUUUCUGUCCUAAGGAAAGAAGUGAUGGCCUUGAAGAUCAUGAAAACGAACUAUGAGCACAUAGUGAAGGCCCACCAGAACAACCCACAGCAGGGAGAGGACCAGGUCUCUGACCAGGUCAAGUUCAACAUCUUCCAGAACAUCAUGGACUCGCUCUUCGUGUCUUUCAGUAAUUCUGUUUCAAUGAGCAGCUUCCAAGAACUGUCUGCCUGUGUUUUCAGCUGGAUCGAGGAACACUGCAAGCCACAGACGCUGCGGGAGUUUGUUGUCGGAGUGCUCCGGCAGCUCAAUGGCCAGCUUUAUUAGUUGAGGAGAAGCCUCUGGCUAACUUCCAGAAAUUGACUUUUAACUUGCUCUUGCCUCCCAGGAUGGAAUUAAAACUUCAAUCUGCCACAGUCCUCACACUGACUUCAGCUCAUCAGAGAUUCCUGGAUCGUUAUUAGAUUACCUCGUCAAACGCUAUGGGGAGAGAUGAAAGGUUGCCUUGGCUUGAGCAGUUAAGUAGGGAUGCCUUGUGACCUCUUUACUGUUGGGAAUUUACAUCUCUACAGCAUAUUUUUUGCUCCAUCUCAAACUUCUAAGGAACGCAGAGAAAACAAAUUUUUAAGCGAAACGUGGCGUGCAGAGAACAUCUAGUUAUAAUUUCAACAAAGCACAGAAAACGGAACGUAUGAAUGAAAAGCUUCCUGCAAAACAGCACAGGAAGUAGUGUCUUAUCAGGUCCUCCUCCCAAGUUUGCCUAGUUUCAUAAUCUAAAUGGUAACCAUAUAUAUAUAUAAACAUGUGUGCCUACAAAUAGAUGCUCAUAUCAAGUCAGUUAUUCAGUUCAGAGCAAAUGUACCUGAGACACCGUGAGGAGAAAUCGUUUAUUUGACGUGAAUGAAGUGAUGGUGAUGUUUCUGCCGCAUCUUAAUUAAUAGAGUAAGAAAGCAGAACGGUCACAGCUUUUCUUCUGUCUCGUCAGUUGGUGACCAUGUAGCUGGAUUCUGAACGAGAGCUUUUCGUGCUGCUGCGCACAAACGAGUCACUCCUGAAAUUUGUUGGAUUGUUGUGAGCAUUUCAAGCUCUUCUCUGUUUUCAGGAGCAUGCCAUAUGGUGCCUCAGAAUUUCUAUCACUGAUGCUUGCUUUGAAUUAACUCUUUACUGUGACAGAGCUCCGUG